AUGCCGCGAAAACCUAGACGUAAUGUGCCGGAGAUCCUAUGGAGGUUAUUCGGGAAAAGAGCCAGAAAUUUAGAGGACGCAAUCGUAGAUCUAAGUACCGGCCGGAAAAUCCAGCCGGAGCAUUGCCGAUGCCGGGGCCAAGGUUGUCUCAGUUGCAGCACCGAUGAACCGUCGUUUCUGUUGCGUCCCGAUGAUCCCAUUCACUACCGUAAUCUUCUUCACCGCUGCUUCGUAGUAACUCACGAACAAACCCCUCCGCUUCUGGAUUUCACGCCGAUAUCUCGGUGGUCUCAGAGAGAGAUUGUCGAAAGGGUUAUUGAAAUGAUGGAAUCUGGAUGUGAUUGCCAAAAUAAUGUGAUUUGGGCAAGGUAUGACAAGGUCGGUGAUGAGUUCAUGGUUUAUCUACUACAGCACACAUCAACAUUCUUACCAUUUCAAGGAAGGAAACACCAGCAAGUGGCUGGACCUCCUCUAUGUAUCAAGCAAAUGGAGACAUUGACGGUCCACGAAAACAAAAGAAAGAGGGAUGAUGACAACAUUCAUCCACCAAAGAAGAGGCAGCGGUUUUCUUCAAAGGAUAACUCUGCAGCUGUAACGUCCGUAGCUGACGUGAAUGAAGAGGAAAAGCCCACUAAGCGUUCAAGAUUGUAUCUUAAGCGUCGGCGAAAGCAGAGAAAACUCAAUUGCCAGAAAGUUGACAAUUGUACAAAUGGGAAAGCCUCAACUGAGAAUGAAGCUGAUGAAAGGAAUCUGCACUUGAGUCUCACUGAUUUUGCAAAGCAGGCUAAACAGGUGAAAAGAAAGAAGCAUUUCAAGUUUGCCAACACGGAAACGUUUUCAGUUAUACCACCAAACCACAUUUUGAAAACAUUAAGGCCCAACUGCUCUGAUUCAAAGUCUCUAAUGAACCAUAUAUUUGGUGAAGUAAAUGCUUGGUCAACGGCGCCAACUCAUGGCAAAGGAAAUUGCCCCAGUGGAUCUAUUUGCUUAUAUCAUUCAUUGCUCAAGUCUCUUAAAAGCCUAAUUGGAAAAACAAAGUCCUCUCAUUUGAAAACGUUACUAGAUAAACACUGUCCUGUCCUCUUCCCGCAAGAGGAUGCAUUGAUGAAGUCUGCAUAUACGACUUCCCAGAGUUCCUGGAGGCAAAAUACGGAUGGAUCAAGUUCAGAGACGGGCAAAACCAAUUGUCCCAGUGUCAAAGAAACGAAGCUUUAUUGCACGAAAGACCAAGUAGUUUCCUUUAUUUGGGGCAUGUGUAGGUACAUUAUUCCAGAAAGUUUGCUUGGGACCACUCAACAGAUGAGGGUGCUUAGGAGAAACAUAGCCUGGUUUGUUUCUAGGCGAAGAAACGAGAUAUGCACAGUGAAGCAAUUUUUGCAUAGGGUGAAACCAUCAGAUUUCCCUUUCUUUGCCAAUAAACACUUAUGCUGUCACGAAUUCCAGAAUGAGUCCUCCUUCACAAGUACACAGCAGAUGUUGUGCACGAAAUGGGUUUCUUGGCUUUUUCUAGAGAUUGUCAAGAAACUGGUGCGCUUCAACUUCUACGCUACUGAAAGCCAGGAAGGGCGGCUAAACAUUUAUUAUUACCGGAAAUGCAGCUGGGAAAGGUUAAUAAGCAAAGAAAUUAGCAAAAACCUCAAUGGAUAUGUCCAAGUGGACAAUGCUGACGAAAGUAGAAGGAAAAAGCUGCGGUUUAGAUUCUUACCAAAGGCAAAUGGUGUGAGGAUGUUGGUGGAUUUUAGUUCCUCGUCAAGGUCGCAAUCUCUUCGUGAUACACAUGCUGUUUUGAAGGACAUCCAGCUCAAAGAACCAGAUGUCCUUGGUUCUUCUGUUUUUGACCAUGAUGGUUUCUACAGAAACCUAGGCCCGUAUCUGAUCCAUUUGAGGAGUCAAUCUGGAGAACCUCCUCCUCUGUUCUUUGUAAUUGCGGAUGUAUACAAAGCAUUUGAUUCAGUUGACCAGGGUAAGCUUCUUGACGUCAUGCGAUCUGUCCUGAAAGAGGAACACGUCUUGAACAGAUGUAGGUUGGUCUGCUGUGGGAAGAGAUCACGUUGGGUUAGCAACAUACUAGUCUCGAGUGAUAAAGAUGCUACCUUUUCAAGAUUCACAUCAACUGUUCCAUAUAAUGCUCUGCAAAGCAUCAUGGUUGAUCAAGGAGAAAACCAUCUGGUGAGGAAAGAGAAUCUCAUGGCUUGGAUAGAAGACAUGCUAAAGAAGAAUAUGUUGCAGUUGGAUAAAAGCUUGUAUACACAAAUAGCUGGAAUACCUCAGGGACACAGAUUAUCAUCCUUGCUGUGCUGUUUUUACUACGGGCAUCUCGAGAGGACUUUGAUUUACCCGUUCCUCGAGGAAGCCGAUAGAGAGAAAGAGCUGAUCACUCCCCAGAGCUAUAAGUUACUGAGAUUUAUCGAUGACUACCUGUUUGUCUCUACCUCAAGAGAUCAGGCGAUGAGCUUCUAUUACAGAUUGAAGCAAGGUUUCCCAGAUUACAACUGCUUCAUGAAUGAAAAGAAAUUCUGCAUAAAUUUCGAAGAUGAAGGAGAAUCUCAGAGUUCUUGUAAAAGGAUGUAUGUGGGUGAUAAUGAAGUUCCCUUCAUCAGAUGGACGGGCUUGCUUAUUAAUUCCCGGACAUUCGAAGUUCAAGUUGACUACAAAAGGUACUUGAGUGGGCAUAUAAGCUCAACUUUUUCUGUAGCUUGGCAGAACAAACCAGUUAGGAAUCUUCGGCAAAAGUUGUGUAACUUCUUGGUUCCCAAAUGCCAUCCCAUUCUCUUUGACUCGAACAUCAACUCGGGGAGAAUUGUCAGGUUAAACAUCUAUCAGAUCUUUCUGCUAUCUGCAAUGAAGUGUCAUUGUUAUAUCUACGAGUUGUCCCGGUUUUGGAAGCUUCAUCCUCAUACUUUGUUCAAAUUCAUCACAAGAUCUAUCAGGUACAUGUUCAAACUCAUAAAUCGAAGGAUGCACAAAAUCAACACUGGGUCUAGUUUCAGACCAGUUCUUAAACUGGACAAAGAAGAAGUUAUAUGGCUUGGAUUACACGCCUAUGUUCAAGUGCUGAAGAAGAAAAACUCUCGAUAUCGAACCCUCUUGAUCUAUUUGAAGUCUGCACUUUAUAAACACAAUCUUUCUCGCAAUCCACCAUCACCGGAAAUGGAGUAUGCAACGGACCGGUCAAACUCAUCUUCUCUGUGGAAAUUGAAGUACUGA